CUCCGCGAUCCCCGCCACCCAAACAUUGACCGGCAUUCUUCGUUUUCGACAGGCUGGUCAUCCCAGCAGCGAUGUUCGCUGGCGUACGCGCGUUGCUCGCCUCUCUUUUCUUCCGUGACCUGACCACGGAACAGCGAGCAGUACGCGAACAACCGCUGCAGUGCCCGUACUGCCAUAGUGUUGCGCUCGCUCUCCAGGCAGAUAGUGAUGUCGGGCAUUAUUCAUAAGCUCAUAUCGUCUCGGGCGGCUUUCGUCACAUCUCCGCUGGCUAGCCGUCGCUGCUAGACUCCCGGUUGUGACUCUCACAAAACGCAAAGCUCCCCGAGUGCGUCAAAAAUAAGAGAAAAAACAAAACAAAUGGAUAAAUAAAAGGGAAGAAUUGAGGGAUUCCCCGACAUGUCGAGCAGCAGUUGAGGUUGCGUCGAUAAGAUACCACACUCGGGAGCAUUCGAGUUCGCGCUUGUAGGAGGCUCUUCUUUCUUUGCCGUGUCUGCGGCGGCACGCAAAUCAAGAGACUGGGCUUUCCCAACGUGCCUGCUAGCCAAGGCCGACCCAAGAUCGUGGGCCACCUGGGGAAGAAAUGGCAGUAGAUGAAAAUGACGAUGUACAGAACAUAGAGAUGGAGGGCAGUGACAUUGCAGAAGGGACGCACGAGAUUGAGCUUACCAGUGUCACCAAGGAAGGCCAUCCAAAAGGGGACCCUAGUCAAUUCAAGCUCCUGAAGGUUUUGGGACAGGGCUCCUUUGGCAAGGUCUUUCUUGUGAAGAAGAUACUGGGGCCUGACACUGGUACCCUUUAUGCCAUGAAAGUUUUGAAGAAGGCCACUCUCAAAGUUCGAGACAGGUUACGAACCAAGAUGGAACGAGACAUCCUGGCCGACGUUCGGCAUCCUUUUGUGGUCAAGUUGCACUACGCGUUUCAGACGGAAGGAAAGCUUUACCUGAUUCUGGACUUCCUCAAGGGUGGAGACCUGUUUACGAGGUUGAGCAAGGAGGUCAUGUUCACGGAGGAGGACGUCAAGUUCUACUUGGCCGAACUAGCGCUGGCCCUAGACCACCUGCAUGGGCUCGGGAUUAUCUACAGGGAUCUCAAGCCGGAAAACAUCCUGCUGGAUUCGGACGGGCAUAUCAGCCUGACGGACUUCGGGCUGAGCAAGGAGGCGCUGAACGACCAGAAGGCGUACUCCUUCUGUGGCACCAUCGAGUACAUGGCUCCUGAAGUCAUCAACCGGAAGGGGCACACCAUGGCGGCUGACUGGUGGUCUUUUGGGGUGCUCAUGUUCGAGAUGUUGACCGGGGGCCUGCCGUUCCAAGGAACCAACAGGAAGGAGACCAUGAUCCAGAUACUCAAGGCCAAACUGGGCAUGCCGCAGUUCCUAAGCCCCGAGGCACAGAGUCUUUUGCGGGCCCUGUUCAAGCGGAACCCGGCCAAUCGAUUGGGCUCUGGUCCCAACGCGAUAGGGGACAUCAAGUCCCAGUCUUUCUUUGCCACAAUUGAUUGGAUGAAGCUGUACAGGAGGGAGGUGGUGCCCCCUUUCAUUCCCGCCGUCUCUCGGCCGGACAACACACUCUACUUCGACCGGGAGUUCACCUCCAAGACCCCCGAAGAGUUUACAGACUCGCCCGGCGUGCCGCCGAGCGCCAACGCGCACGAACUCUUCCGCGGGUUCAGCUUCGUGGCGCCCAGCCUCACGGAAGAGGACUACGUCAAGAACAAGGACAACCAGUCUUCGAAAUGGUACGGCCUCGCCUUCAAGGAGGCCAUCGGGAAGGAGUACGAGCUCAAGGAAGAGCUCGGCUUGGGCUCCUACUCCACCUGCAAGAGGGCGGUCCACAAAACCACCGGGAAAGAGUACGCGGUCAAGGUCAUCGACAAGUUUAAGAGGGACUGUCAGGAGGAAGUGGAGAUCCUGCUGAGGUACGGACAGCAUCCAAACAUCCUCACAGUCUACGACGUCUACCAAGACGCGACUUCGGUGUACAUAAUCAUGGAGCUGCUCAAGGGUGGAGAGCUGCUGGACAGGAUCCUGAACCAGAAGCAUUUCAGCGAAAGGGAAGCGAGUGCUGUCUUGGAAGUUGUUGCCAAGACCAUGAAGUUCCUCCACGACAACGGGGUGGUGCACCGCGACCUGAAGCCCUCCAACAUCAUGUAUGCGGACGAGAGCGGCAGUGCGGAGUCCCUGCGCAUCUGCGACUUCGGCUUUGCCAAGCAGAUGCGCGCCGAGAACGGCCUGCUCAUGACGCCCUGCUACACGGCCAACUUUGUGGCGCCAGAAGUGCUCAAGAAGCAGGGCUACGACGAGGCCUGCGACAUCUGGAGCAUGGGCGUACUGCUGUACACAAUGCUCGCGGGGCACACACCCUUCGCCAACGGGCCCAACGACACUCCAAACCACAUCUUGGCGAGGAUCGGGGAGGGCCGAUUUGACCUCAUGUCCGGGAAUUGGGCCAACAUUUCAUGUCCGGCAAAGCAUCUAGUCCAGAAAAUGCUCCAUGUGGAUCCCAAGCAGAGGUAUAGGGCUGCAGAUGUGCUGGGCCACGCCUGGAUCGUCAACAAAAACAAUCUUCCAGUCAGCCGGCUCGUCCACCAGGAGCCCCACCUAGUGAAGGGCGCGGUGGCCGCAACGUUCAGGGCCAUCAACAACUACCCAAAGCCCCCCAACCUGGAGCCCGUGGUUGCCUCCGAGCUGGCCAGGAGAAGGGCCAGGGCACGACACCAGUCGUCCACGGAAGUCUGAGCGUCUCCCAACCUCGCAAGCCACACGAAGCCAAGGAGGGCCGCCGUGGCGGCGGCGGCCCACACAACCUACAGACAUCGAUUCUCGCUCCAUCCACGUGUCCCGUCGUAGAUUCCAAACCCUGCAAACUAUUUGCCGUUCCUCCCCACCACAUGUCACGGCCGAGAGAGAGAGUUUCACGUUGUCUGCCAGGACAUCUAUCCGGUAACACACCCUCGACCUCGCAGAACGAAAUUGCCUUGCACUUUUCUGUCCUGACCAGCAGGGCGAUCGUUCGUGAAGAAGCAUAUUUGUGCGACCGUUUUAGAAGCACUUGAUUUUGUGAGGCCAGAUCUCUCAAGGAGGCGGGCUGUUGUACAUCUUUUUGAGGCAGUAGGAGAAACAUUGACAGUGUAGGCAUUUCAUACUGUAAUGGCGAGGCACAGUUUUGCGUUCUGUGAGCUGUUGUGGGGGUGUGUUACCGUUUGCUCAUGUGUCGCGGAACAAAGAGCAUUAGCUGUAUGCUUGAAUGUAUAUGUGUAUGAAACCGAAGGCCCACGGGCAUGCAUUUCUUUCUGCGCCCCCUGUUACUGCACCGGGUGUGUUUGUUCAUCCGGCGAUGUUAAGCGACGGUAUAAGGACAAGGUAUGAAUGCGUUGUAAGUGUGUCCUCAGUUGAGGCCGAGUUGCAAUUGUGUAUGCUUGAAAUGUGCCCUCGGUUUGGCUAACCAAUUAUUGCUUUCAAUGUUUUUUGGAGCGCUUAGAAAACUCUAGUGGCGGGCGGGCGGAGAUGCCAGAGCUAAUCUCUAACAUUAUGCCACGUCGGGGAGUGUACGGAUAAAAUUAGAGGUGUGACAAAUUGAUUUUUAAACAUUUUUUUUGUCACGUUUUAGGGCACAUGGUGCAGCAGGCUAGAGACAGAAUAUAGUUUUUGUCCAUAAUAUAUAUAAGUAUGAUUAUUAUUAGUAGUCCCCUCGUACCUCAAUCUUCCGUGCCAUUGCAAAAACCUGCUAUAGGAGGACUGCUCUGUCCAUUUGCCUUUUGUGAAACACAUUAUUAUUAUUCUUUUUUUCAGUUACAAUUGUGUAACAGACACAGAGGCACACAUAUCGAAGGUUUAGAGUAUUACAGUUUUAUAUCUAAGUAUAGAUUUAAAUGCUGUGAAUUUGGGAACGUUGCAGCAUUUCUCUUGUUUCCUCACUCUUCUUUUUCGUGGACCAUAAGUGGAAAUGUUUCCGCACUUUUGAGGCCCGCUCAUUCUAUGUCUAAGGUGAAGUUAUUUAAGAUGGUCUCUGUCGUACGUGAUAAUUAAAACUUUGUUUCUGUGUCCUGCUUUGUAUUUGGUAGCUCAGGAAAUGCGACGGAGUCCGUGUGGCUGUAGGGGGAGAAUGGCGUUGCAUAUUUGACAUACCCAGUCAGCCAUGAAGAUGUCAAAAAGAGGGCAUUGUCUUUGCACAGAGUACAGGAAGUAUUACUUCAUUUUGUUCUUGCUUUUAGCCCCGGGUUUAACUGCGACCUGGACCAUUUGAAUUAGCGAGACAUUCCUCUUAGCUGCUAGCGUGCCGAACCAGCAAAAAGACUACAUAUUACAAAAAGACGCCAUUAUAAGUCAAUGUCGCUUAGCACUUUUCUUAACGGGCUGUGCGCACCAGCGUGCAAACCGGGUUGUGAAAACAUACUGCACAGACUAGCCAGUGUGCUAAGUGAGUCACGAAUCAUGCUGUACAUAUACACAAUCACUAUGUUGCACACUCAAUCAUGCAGGAGCGAGAGAGAAACGUAGCAUCCUUUGCUUUCCACUGUAGUCGGGUAGUACCGCUCAUUGCCGUCCGGGUAAUUGAGGCUUUUCUCGUACUGAACUUCGGAUGUUGUGUUCGUGAGCGUAAACAGUCUUUUCUUGCGUCGUAGCUUUCCAAGUCGAUAGUAUACUCUUUCAGCUUUUGCAAAUGGACGGUGUGAUCCAGCCAGAUGUAUGCAAACUGCUUUUAUUCAAACUCCAAAUUGAGUGAGGUCAGAUGCCAACGAAUACAGAGAACCAGUUUCUCUUCAAUGAUGCCUCUUCUCUGUUGUACAAAUCUAAGACGAGAGUAAAUGAAUAACUAGCGUAGGUAAGUGUAUGUCCGUAAUAUUGCUGCUCCAUUUGUCUGUAAGUACUAUAUUGUGUGACCAAUGUGAUUCUAUUAAUGGACGCGAUACUUAACGAGUACAUUCUCCGUCUGCCGGAACGCGAUGUCUCCACUCUCAUAGGUUGCUUCCAGAUUUAACUGCAAGAUACAAGUGCUAAAUAAUAAACUUUGAUACGUUGUUGAAGCUGCAA